AUGUCGGGAUACGUGCGUACUGGCACGACGUUCUUUCAUGAUCGCAUUGCCGACGCGAAUCGGUUUUUGAACGGGAGAGUUAAAGGUGCGAAUUCUACUGUGAAGGUUUUGGUGAACGCUUUUCCGUACAAAGAGUUUGGACUGAGCGGACCAAAGCCAUCAGAGAACCUGAAUAUGACAUUUGCAUGGCGAGGGUUAAGUGCACACGAGAUGGACUCGUCCAUGGUGCUAAUUGAUAAGACGCGAGCGGGCAAGGCACUGGAAGUCCUGAAGCAGCUUAUCUUGAAGAUGCGGUUCCACUUACAGUUUUCGUGGGGAGAUAAAGAAUCGUUCUGGCUGGCUUACGAGCUGGCACAUCAGGAAUACUUUUUUUCGCCGUGGGGACUGAGUUUGUUGGAGUCUGUGCCGAAUAACGACCUUGCGCACCCGAAGACCAUGUGUGGCAGUAUGGCUCAUUUCUUACCGACUGAAAACGAUACCACAGCAUCAGAACUGCUUUAUGUAAACGGUAAGGCGCUGUUGGACCCAUUCCCGUCCGGAGUGAAGAACACGCUGAAGGGCAGGCGGUCGCGGAUGUUCAAUAUCAAUCCGACGCUUCUCACGCCACGGUAUCGUCAUAAUGACUUCGACGUUGCUACUAUCAAUUCAUUCGAGUGCAUGGACAACUUGGGAUCUGUCCCGCUGCCUCACUACUUUUUCAGCAACCUGCUACGUCGCCGAUUUCAUUACUUUGCAGCGAAGACGAACACAUACGAAGCACUGGACCAUUGUUUGGACGAAUCGAAGUUAGCUGCUAGUUCGAAUGAGUAG